AUGGGUUCUGGGGGUUCCUCCGUCAUUGAGUGUCGGGAGGAUAGAACAAAACACGAUGGUUGGCGGCUUGAACGAGCAGGGUCUACGGUGUUGGUGUGGGCGUGGGUGUCGUGGUUAGCUUCUGUUAUCUUACUCUUAGGACAGAUCAGGUCAGAGGUCACAGCUACUGGGGUUCAGUCAUCUGGUGACCUGAUGCUGGGCGGCCUGUUCCCUGUACAUGAAAAGGGAGACAAGACGCCGUGUUCGUCCGCUGUGUACGACAGAGGACUUCAGAGGUUAGAGGCGAUGCUUUAUGCUGUCGAUCUCAUCAACAGCGACUCUAACCUCCUGCCUAACAUCACUCUUGGUGUCCACAUCCUCGACACCUGUUCUAAGGACACCUAUGCCCUCAACCAAUCCCACAAAUUUCGGGUGUCCUUAGAUGCGCUGGACACCUCUGGGCUGGAGUGUUCCAGCGGGAAAGCCCCUAGAGUGAAGUACAGAGCCAAGCCCGUGAGGGGUGUAGUGGGGGGCUCCUACAGCUCCGUCAGCCUACAGGUGGCAAAUCUGUUCCGUUUGUUCCACAUCCCGCAGGUGAGCCCGGCGUCCACUGCCCGGGCGCUCUCUGACAAAGGCCGCUACAGCAGGUUCUUCGCUCGCACGGUGCCCCCAGACACCUUCCAGGCCAUGGCCAUGAUGGACGUAAUGCAACUGUUUAACUGGUCCUAUAUCUCCACCAUCCACUCCGAGGGUUCCUAUGGAGAGUUCGGUAUAGAAGUGAUCCACGACCUGGCCAUGGAGAGGAACAUUUGUAUCGCCGUGUCCGAGAAGAUCCCUCACAACGCCGACCACUGGGUGUUUGAUGACGUCGGCAACCUGCUGAAGAAGCCGACUGCCAGAGCCGUGGUCCUCUUCACCCGCGCCGAGGAUGCAAG